AUGUUUGGUAGUGAUUGUAAGUAUAUGUUUGCUUUCGACGACGUUAUGAAGUUUGGAAAGAGACUGAAGCAACAGAUUCAGGAGUCGUUGCCGGAGUGGAGGGAUAAGUACUUGUCGUACAAGGAAUUGAAGAAGCUCGUGCGUCUCAUAUCGGAGGCUCCAACGUUGUUGAAUGGGUCCUUCGAAUAUGGCAAAACCGAGGCUGAGUUUAUGUGCUUGUUGAACACUGAAAUAGACAAGUUCAAUGGCUUCUUCAUGGAGAAAGAGGAGGAUUUCAUCAUUCGCCACAUGAUAUGGGUCGGGAAAAGUGCUUUGUAUAUAAUUAGACAUUUAGUGCAGGAAGUACAACAGAGAAUCAAGAGAGUAGUUGAUUUAUGGGGACCAAAUGGAAGUGAACCUUCAGAAGCAGAUUAUAAGGAUGAGAUGGAAAAAAUCAGAAAAGCUAUUGUUGAUUUCCAUGGUGAAAUGGUUCUCUUAGUAAAUUACAGCAACAUCAAUUACACAGGAUUGGCUAAAAUUCUGAAGAAAUAUGACAAGAGGACUGGGGGGCUUCUGCGUUUGCCAUUCAUUCAGAAAGUGUUGGAGCAGCCCUUUUUCACAACAGAGCUAAUUUCAAAACUUGUGAAGGAAUGUGAAUGCAUAAUUGAUGCAGUGUUCCCAGCUGAGGAAGAAGCAGAAAGAGCAAAGGAAGCAAAAGAGGCCAUCACAGUAGCAGGAGAAGGAAUAUUCAGAAACACUGUGGCAGCUUUACUUACAAUGCAAGAGAUGAGAAAAGGUAGCUCCACACAGAGUCCUUUUUCUCUGCCUCCUCUCAACUUGCCAGACUCUGAUCUCAUCCAAUCCAUACAGCUCAAUGCUGCAGUUCCCAUUGUGUAG